CUCACAGAAUCAGCAUUCACAAUAACAUCCCGAUGGCGCAUGUCCCAAGAGCGCGAGCAGCACCCGGUUCGGUUUCAGCUGUUCAGGAUCGGAGGAGAAAAGUUCAGAAAAUGCUUCUGGUUAUCACUGAAACGUGCAUGGUGAUAAAACAAGGCUUACGGUUUGCCAAAUGGAAAGCACGUGAGCUGCAGCGUUCGGCUCUUUGUUUAUCACCGUCGGAUGCUGUUCGUGUGCCGAGGAGGAUUCCGGAGAGAACUGUGCCGUGAUAAUAAAAAGGCGCGAUGUGGGUUCUCUGUUUUGGCCGGAAUGGGACCAGGAUCCCCCAGUCUCAUGUGCACUCUCCCAUCGAGAAGCCAUCAAAAUGCGAAAUCACUGCUGCUGAUAUAAUGUCCUUGCCAGACGAUCCGAUGGUUCAGUUCACGGUGAGAGUUCGAGGCGUUCGUUAGGCAUCUGGGCGCUGGGAUUACAGCCCAAGGAUAUGUAAAUUCGCAAAACCGUGUCGGACCGGGACAUACGGUCGGGUGCUCUCAAGUGAUAAGUGCAAAUCUGGAAAGUGUGAAUGUGUGUUUGCGAAAAGUGAUACCUACAACAAUAGUGAACAACAGAAGUGAACGGAACAAAAAGCUGCAAAACUUGUUCCCUGGCGAGCACCAUAUGCUGGUUGGGGGAUAUCAUAGUGCUUUCAGCAAGCAAACGACACGGCUGGCGUAUUAAAUUAUACCAAUCGUAAAUAUUUCCUCCAACCAAACGAGAAAACUCUCCUGCUGCAUAUGACCAUCUUCUGGAGUUCCUCGGGGAGCUCGGUUGCAAUAAGCUCGAACUGCCGACGUCGCCAUCGCAUGCACCGAAAAGACGCCAUCGUCAUGAAAAACCACCAAAUUGAUACUCCCCAGGUGAAGUAGCAGCAGCAGCAUCUGUAGCAUUCUGUUGCCAGAAGGAAAAUGCGAAUGGUAAAUGGCCAUUCAAAAUUGAAAGUGUAAAAUCGGUGAGAGGAGUAAGUGGAAUAAAUUACAUUAGGGUUCGGUUGGGAAGUGGAAAGCUGAAGAAAGCGAAAAAGGAAACCGAAGUGGAUAGAGGAAAAUGAUUGGUGCAAAGCUGUUUCCGCUUCUGAUUUAUGUAUCAUCCUUGCUGGCCGUGUCUGUCGUUAGCGUUUCAACGAAUGUCGAAGAUUUUAUCGUGUUUAAUAGUGCUUGUUACGACGAUAGCGAUUACGUGAGUGAUAAUUUGAGCUUGAAAGAUCUGGUAGCGUCCAACGAUGUGAUAGUGAAAGCUUUCGCCGGAGAUGGCAAUUACCUUCGUCCUGAGUUGGUGGCUUCCGGAGCUACCAGGGCAAAUAGGGGCGGAAGUGAUGGGAGAAAAGUGAGAAGCAACGGCAGAAUUAGUCGAAGCGAUCGAAGUGCAAACAUCACCACACAACGGGAAGCACGGCACGGAAAUGAAGAAAAUGGAAAUGCUAGUUCCAUUAGCGUGGAAGACUUUAUCGUGCGCCUGGAGCCAUCGAUGGUAUAUAAGGGCAAUGAAAUCUUCAAAAAGCUGAAGCUGAUCAAUUGGAAGCACUUUGUAAUUAUAAGAAGCCUGGCAACCAGCCGCAAAAACAAACCUCUAGUAUCUGGUCAGCUUUCAGUCGGGAACAGUGAGCAAUUUCCCCAGAGUAAAGAACCUAACCCAACAGGAAAACUCGAUGCCAAGAACAAUAAGUACACCAACGUUAGUUAUAGAUCCAAGUGCAAUAGGAACAAACCCAUAACUAGCAGCAUAAAUAAUGGCGCGGAGCAGGAGACACCCGAAGCCAACAGUACCUACAGCAACAACAACAACAAGUCGACGCAAGACAAUAAUGAUGAUAGCCUCAGCAGGAACAGAACCAGCAAUAAUGCCCGUAGCCAACACCGCAGCAAGGACGAUAGUGCAGAAGACGCCACCCGAGACCACCACCGUACAGUGGCGAGCGUCCUUGGUGAAAUAUUGCCGACCGAGUUAAUCAUCUUCGGAAGAUUAGAUAGCAAAAGCAAUCUGCAAGUCGAUCUGCUUAGUGGCUUGCUGCUCUUCAGUAGGGAGCUGGAAACUUCGAUAUGGCGUGAGAUGGGAUGGAGCGAGUGGAGCGAAUACACCCCGUGCAGCGUAUCCUGCGGAAAGGGGGUACAGCAGCGUUUUCGGCAUUGUUUGAACAGACCAGAACCAGGAGCAGAGCCGAGCACACCUAGGACCGGCAAAAGGAUGUCAUCCACGCAAACUACACCGUCCCGGCACAAGUCGUAUGUAAAUAUUGAGCAUCCCAGCAUCAGCAGCAGCAGCAGGAAGGAUGAUAUGAUGAAUAAUGAAAAUGUAAAUCCCUCGUCACCAUUUACGACACCGCUCACGACAUCGACGCCGGCUCAGGUGGAGGGGGAAAGCGUGCUAGUCGAGCCAACGGUGGCAUUUGCUGAUGACGAUUACCACCAGCCGGAGAACAACGGCGAAGAACCUCAGGAAACGAACGAAGACACUUCAACGUCAACGACAGAUCUUCACGUUGCAAUUGAGAGGCGUUUUAAUGAAAGUACUAAUGCAAAUAGUAGCGAAAGGAGCAUUCAAGAGCAGCAUCCAGCCUCCGGCAGACAGUUUCGAGAGAUUUUUCUACAACGAGAACACGAAUACAAUGGGAGCAAACCUGGAACCCCCGUGUUCUCCGUGAACCGCGCCGCGAGGAAAAAAGCCCGCGACAAAAUGCACACAACCGUGACCGCAGAUCCUUCUCUCUGUGAGGGGUACAACAUCGAACAAAGAAACUGCAACAUGUUUGAAUGCACAGGUACAGUAAAUUUAAUGUCCGGAAGUUUCACCCAUCAGUCGGCUAUAGGAGAAAUAUGGGAAAACCGCAAAAAUUUGGGAAUCAACCAAAUCGAGACAAAUUUCACGUUAAUGAUAAACCUCCGUUCCAAGACGCAACAUCCCGUCCGAAUGGACGACCCUAACGAGCAGCCACCAAAUAAAAUCCUGUCGUUGCGUUCGCAAUUGGCCAGUAGCUCAAGUUUGUCGAUAAAUUUCGUUAACGAUGGGCAUGGUGGAUUGAAAGUAAUUCAGGAAAAGUUCGGCCUCUCGGAGAUGCUGCCCGUGGAGCGGAAUUUAUUGGACGGCAAAUGGCAUACGGUCGCCAUAAGUGGACGGAACGGAGGAUACAUAAACGUGUACAUCGACUGCUUAUGGGUGAACUCGUUCGUCCUCUCGAGAGGAGCCAUCGAGCUACCGCAGUAUCCGGUGAUUGAAGCAGGACGUGAUAUUGAACUUCAACAGUUGACUUUGGUCCCUGGCGGCAGAGAGCGACUCCAGUGCGCAACCGACACCAUCCCCAUCACGGACACCGAAAACCGGCAAGUGACCGAUUUUUUCGAAGGAAUACAUUAGCACUGAUGGGGUGCUGCAGCAUUUUACGCAAAAUAGAGAAACUAUCGUCGGCCUUCAAUAAUGUUCGCUUGCUUGUACUGUUAGUUAUGUGUGACUAUAGAAUGGUUAAUUUAUCGGUGCGGGAAUAUCUGCCUAUUGUAGGGCAAUUUUAUAACUAAACUGCUAAUUUCGUUGAAACUUCAUCUCAAAAAAAUGUUAUUCAGCUUCUAUUCUCUUUUUAUGUAGGUUGCUAACUUUUCCAUUAACGACCCGUGUUAUUAAUCAACGUCGAAAACCAAAUCUCAAAGAGAUAAAUCGUAUUUCAGCAUAGAAAGCAAGCAAACUAAUAAAAACCGUCCUGCACGACCGAUGUGUUGUCUCAAUUUCUGCUUUUAAAUAUGUAUAUAAUUGAAGAAUCUCUAAAAUUUAGAACAAUGUAAACUAUAUAAUAAAUAACACAUUUCCCUAUUUCCUACAGAACACAGCUCUUUACCCAUGUAAAUAAGAAACCUUCGUUAACCAAAGAAUACAUUUUACAAACUUGCGGUGUAUACCGUAGCGUAACGAAACAAUAAAACAUUAACUUACCAAUAAACAAUAACUUUAGGUCAGGAAUAUGUAAAAGAAUUGAUAAAUCAGAUUGGUAAAAAUUUAGUGAAAACAAAGAAUGCAAAGCUUAAACAAUUUACAAAGCCAAUAGUCGUCAUUCAACAGAGAAGCUAAGAGAGUAUAUGUUUACAUAAUUUAUUGCUAUUUUACAGGGUAAUAAGUUGAAUCAAAAAUCAAAACAGAAAGCAAAAAAUAAAAUAAUAAUAGAAAUAAUGUUAUGACAACUGUAAAUGAUUGAACAAGUCGAAAUAAAUAAUUAAAUAGA